GGGCCACGGCUUUGAUUCUAAGGUCUGAAUUCCACCCAAACUCGAAACGGGGACUGACUGUCACCGCUUUUUGCUGAUUAAGCGUCAAUAUUUUGACAAAUGUCACGUCCUCAUCUUGUCUCUAGGUUUCUCUCCUUUGAAUCUGGUCUACCUUUUUCUGCCUGUCCAUGCCAUUUGGCGAAAUUGUCUGCGGUUCCCCUGGCUCCGGUAAAUCUACCUAUUGCCAUGGCAAACACCAACUGUUCACUGCUCUCCAACGGCCGAUAUGCAUUGUCAACCUCGAUCCGGCAAACGAUAACAUACCAUACCCAUGUUCUAUCGAUAUUUCCGAGCUGAUCACACUGCAGGAAGUCAUGGAUGAACACGGGCUAGGACCUAACGGAGGAAUGUUGUAUUGUAUGGAGUAUUUAGAAAAAAAUUUCGAUUGGUUGGAGGGGAAAUUGGCUGAACUCGGUAAAGAAGACGGAGAAAAUGGGCCUGCAGACGUGUAUGCUUUGUUCGACCUCCCAGGUCAAGUGGAGCUGAGCACAAACCACGAGAGUGUGAAGCGGAUCGUAGAUAUGUUACAGUCUAAAUGUGGAUUCCGGCUAGCGGCGGUUCAUCUGUGCGACGCGCAUUAUGUUACUGAUGCUGCAAAGUAUAUCUCGGUUUUGCUACUUUCUCUACGGACGAUGCUUCAGCUGGAGCUACCACAUAUUAAUGUGCUGUCGAAGAUUGAUCUUAUUGGGAAUUAUGGGGAUCUAGAUUUCAACCUCGAUUUCUAUACUGAAGUUCAAGAUCUAUCGUACCUCGAAAAUUCGCUUUCGACUUCACUCUCACCAAGAUUUCAAGCUUUGAAUUUGGCAAUGAUUUCGCUCAUAGAGGAUUAUAACCUGGUCGGAUUCGAAACGCUUGCUGUUGAAGAUAAAUCAUCCAUGCUCCACCUCACACACGCGAUUGACCGGGCGACUGGAUACGUCUUUGUCCCCCGGCCUUCCAAUGCAUCUUCCACAAACACGUCAAAAAAUCCUCAACCAGAAGGUACGAUCGACGAAUCACACAAGCCGUUUUCCGCACAGCCGAACGAGUACGCGCUGUUCUCGAGCGCGGCGGGACCUUUGAAGAAUACCCUUAUGAAUAUGGCGGGGGGAGGGAGCGCUGGAACUAAAUUUGCUGAAGCGAAGGCUGUGUAUGAUGUGAGAGACGUACAGGAACGUUGGUUAGACGCGAAAGACGCUUGGGACGCAUUUGAGAAACGGGAGUGGAGGAGAGAGGGAGAGAAGGUCAGGGAUGAGGUUGCGAGAGCGAAGGCGAUGGAAAAUGAGGGUAGAAAGCCAGAUCCAGAAAGAGGUGGAGGAGCGAAGUAGGCAUUAACGGAAGUAAGUAUCUGUAUGUAUUUCAAGUCGUAAAGUUGCAGGCGAUAGCUACCAUUGAAUGUCACUUUGAAAGCUUUCUUCAUCUCUCGUCUACAGUUGAGAAAAAUGAAGUAGGGCGAAAAACAACACAGUCGCUAUACGCUGGAAGCAGGAUUUGAACCUACGCACUCAGAGAGUAAUAGAUAUGAUGAAAUUCAAAUCUAUCGCCUUAACGACUCGGCCAUUCCAGC